AUGGAUGAAGAUCCAACUCCCAGAGCCACUAGGCAUCUCACACGGUUAUCAAAGAGGCAAGGAACUGAAACAUACCCAGACUUUGGAAAUAUUAAACCCAUGAAGUUCUUUGAGAAAUUUGAAGGGCCAAUCACUUCUCAAACCCUACCGUUACACAGCACUCCACACCGGACGCUUUUGAGUCCAUCGUUUGAAAUUCCCAGAAAUGACGAAAGCGGUGGAUCAAAUCUCAGAAAUAGGAAUACAGAAAAUGAAAGACUUAGAGAAUUAGAAAACGAAGUGAGCAAUCUCAGAGAAUUACUAAGAGAACAAGCCAGAAUAGAUACAACUAGAAACUGGCAAAGAGAUACAGACAAUGUUCAUAGAAAUACCAGCUCACACUAUCUUCCCAGAAUCGAUAUUCCCACGUUUAACGGUAGAAGAGAAGACUUUCCCCGAUUUUGGGAAGCAUUUAACAGAAUAAUAGACUCUCAGCAAUGGUCAGACAUUGAGAAGUUCAGCUAUCUCAUUACCAAACUAGAGGGCAGUGCUUCAACUGCCAUCAAAAUGAUCCCGAUAACCGAAGCAGGCUACCCAGUAGCCAAAGCAAAAUUAGAGGCUACCUAUCUCAAUCCACACUUGCUUGAAGCACUCAUGGAAAAGAAAUUAGACACUUUACAAAAAUCAAAAGACAAUUCGGACAGCAUAAUCCAAACUGUGAACGAAAUCGAAGCAAUUAUUGAAACAAGAAAAACUUAUAAGGCACAACUAGAUCACACGGCACUCAUAAGAAGAAUAGCUAACUUGUUUCCUUUAAAAAUAGCUGAAAGAGCUUUUGAAAACUCUGAAGCGAACAAAAACGUAGAAUCGUUUCUCAAACACGUUCGAACUCAAGCAGAAACUAAGAUGCUGUCAGAGAUAACACUACAAAACUCCGACAGCACAGUCUUUUUCGUUCAAGCCGAAAACAAACUAGAACACUGCGCAUUCUGUAAAGGAUCACAUAAAAGCCAAAAGUGCAAAAAGCACACCUCCAUUAGCGACAGAAUCAACAUAAUCAGAGAUAAGAAUCUUUGUUACUCAUGCCUAUCACCCUCACACUCUAGUCGACACUGUAGACAAGCUCCAUGCCCAGUGUGCAACAAACCCCACCACUCUUCCAUUUGUAGAACAAAGAUACCCUGA